UGAACACCAAUGAGGUCAUGGAUUCCAGGCAAAGAGCUUCAACCACUUGUCCCCAGUCUGGGAAGGAAAAAAAUAUCACCCCCUGAUAAGUGUGAUGCCUAAGUGAAAGGACAGGAGAAGGUUUGUUGUGGAUUUGUUCAGGCUUAAGGUGGAGCUUUACACAAAAAGAAACUGCAAGCAAACCCUGCUAGGAUCAUUACAAAAUUUUGUUUGGGGUUUUUCUUAUGGUUUCCUGCCUUGCUUCAUUGCCUACCAGUUAAAGACUGAGUCAUUCCAGAGUUACAGAACUGCACAGAGCUCGGAUUUUCUCAAGCCAAAAGCUGAUCUCCAUCCACCAAUCUGGAGCUAAACAGAGCAGCUGAGUACUAUUAAGCCCUAACUAAAGCUCCCAGGCAGCUACUCUCCCCAUUCACCUCUCGGCUACUACAGAAAUGCCUCGGGAAUACAAAACAAUCCUCCUCUGUGUUUUGACUAUCUACAUCACAUCAUUGGUGUUGGGUGUAGAAGAAACGCAGGAAUAUGAUGAGUGUGCGGACCUCAAUAACACCACCUGGCUGGAGUACCGGCAGCAGAGAGUCAAGCUACAGGUUCAGUAUCUGCUGCUGACGAGGAGAAACGUGGACUGUGCACAAAUGUUCAACCAGGAGUCCCUCACUAUAACACAGUCCUCCUACUUCAACAUCUCCCGCCCAACCAAGGUCAUCAUCCACGGGUACAGGGCUCUGGGCAACAAGCCGUCCUGGGUGAAGGAGCUGGCCCGGGCUCUGCUCAGGGCGCAGGAUGUGAACGUGCUGGUGGUGGACUGGGUCUACGGCGCCUCCUUUGCCUACAAUCUGGUGGUGGAGAAUUACAAGGAGGUGGCUGUGCAGAUCUCUGUCCUCAUCAACCAGCUGCAGAAACAUGGAUGCAAACUAGAGUCCUUCCACUUCAUCGGGGUCAGUCUUGGGGCGCACGUCGCUGGUUUUGUGGGGACUCUGUUUGAGGGGAAGAUAGGAAGAAUCACAGCCCUCGACCCUGCUGGACCCAUGUUUAAAGGAGCUGACACCUUUGACCGGCUGGACCCCUCUGACGCUCAGUUUGUUGACGCCAUCCACACAGACGCUGACUAUUUUGGCAUUUCCAUCCCUGUCGGUCAUGUGGACUUCUAUCUGAACGGAGGAAAGGAUCAGACUGGAUGUGCCCGCUCCAGGUUUGCUUCAAUUCUGGUCUACUUUCCAGUGUAUGGCUAUGUGAUAUGUGACCACAUGAGGGCGCUGCACGUCUACAUGAGCGCGCUGAAUGGCUCGUGCCCAUUAAUAGGGAUCCCAUGCUUCAGCUAUGAGGACUUCCUGAAUGGACACUGUGUGAACUGUGACGUCUUCAAGGGGAGGUGUCCAACUAUAGGUUUAUCAGAAAAAAAUGGGAUAACCAUAUCUCCAAUUCCCAAAGAGCAGAAGCUAUUCCUCCUCACCACGUCUUCACCACCUUUUUGCUCUCAUCACAUCCUGCUGGAGCUGGAGGUUUCUCCCCUGGAUAAGAGUGCUGAGGUGCAGGUGAAACUGAGGACUGCGAACCUGGGGAAAGAGCAGAGGCUCAGGCUUCAGACAGAUAAAACAGUGUACAGGACAAUGUUGGGUCACGCUGCUGCUCUGUGUGAGAUCGACUCCAUCGAGGUGAAGAACACCGGAGCUCGCUUCUACAGACAGGGAGACAUCCACAUCAAGUCUGUCUGUCUCUCCGAAGUCCCCUCUCUCAGGCGAGAGGAGCCACUGUGUGUGAACAACAUCCAUAUUAGCCGAGGAGCUCCGUGGUCACAUGAUUUUGUGCAGGUGUGUGAUCUCUUCUAAAGAAAGAGAUCUACUACUCAUCAUCAUCUACAGUGAAGUCAACCACCAACAUGUACCAACAUGAACCCGUUUCACACUUUCACUAACUUGUUUAAAGGUGCAAUGUGUAAGAUUUGGCCAGAACUUUUCCUAAAACAUUAAAAAUGAACUAACAUGAAGAAGUAACCACUCUGAUGUGACGUCAAAGAUGUCUAUUUAUUAUGUAGCAGAGAUAUCUACUGAAGUUAGCAUGCUAACCUGCUAGCCCCGGCCUGUCCUGUGUUGUAAUACCACUUUAGACAUUAGUGAGUCACUCUAGCGUCCAGUCUGUGCCCUCAGUCCAACAUGAAUGGACAAAGUAGAGCUGCCACAAGGCCAAGGCCUUUUGGUUCAUGUCACAGAAACACAAAAAUGGCUGAAUGACUUUUAUCACCACCCCAACCAUCCGCUCCUGGCAAAGGACAGAAGCGAUGUUAAAAGAUGCAAAACAAGAGUUUGGUGGAAGUUUGCAUAUUAUUGCCCUACUGUUAGAUAGUAGUUGGCUUUUUUUUAAAUAACUGGGAUUGUAUCGAGCCAGUAGUAGACCGACUGAAGAAAUGUAGAUUGGUUCACCAUAUUACAAGCACUUGGCAUCACUGUUAUCAGAUGAGGCAAGAUUGUAAGUAUGGAAAGUUUGCUGUAUAUAUUUGAGGACAUUACAAGCUUUAUUACGCGUGUCUAACUGUACACAAUCUACUAACUGACAAAAUGCAGUCUGGUCGUAAUUCAUCAUUUAGCUUGUGUAAUCAACUGAUCCAGCAUAAUGAUUCACAACGCAUUCAUACAAUUGCUGCAUAACCGUUAAGUUUCCUUCCCUUUAAGGUGAGUCCCAGACAUUUACUCAUUUAGCUGACGCUUUUAUCCAAAGCGACUUACAUUUGCUUUAAAUGUCAGAGGUCGCAUGCCUCUGAAGGAGCUAGGGGUUAAGUGUCUUACUCAGGGACACAUUGGUGGAUGUGUCACUGUGGGGAAUUGAAUCCAGGUCUUUCACACCAAAGGCAUGUGUCUUUUCCACUGCCCCAUUACCACCCCCAACUUUCUAAAUAAAUGAGUCCUUUGACUCUGUUAAAACCCUCUCUCUUUUUCUUUUUGUUCCUAGUUCCCAGACUCAAAUUCAUUGUCCAACAGUGAUUUCUAGCUGUAUCUCACCCACAGUUACUGUGGCGAGAAUUGUUUUCCGUAGGCCCCCCUUGAAAAACUUACCAGAAAGAUAGUGUUACCCAACAGCAUAGCGGUGAUCAAGCCCCAGACUCUCAGCCGUGCACGGUCUUUACCUUCAGCCCUGAGCAUCCAAGUCCUCUCACACGAGUGCUCCGCCGUCAACGCCAAAAUGUUGUGAAAAUUUUGUUGGAAUAAACACUUCCAGGCAAA